GUCGCCUCAUUUUUCGGCUUCCAGACCCAAUCCAAAACUUCCUCCUUUUUGUUUUUCCCCCAUGGAAGCCUUCAAUUCCUUCCUCCGCCUCAUGAAACCUCCAAAUCUCUUCACCUCUGAUUUCCCUGCAUUCGCCUCUCCCAACUGUAACAUUCCCAAGUCUGAGUUGCUUUGCCCCUUCAAUUUUUCAAGCUCCGUCGACCUUAGACUUAGGGUUUUGAAGCCCUUCAAGGAUGGAUCAAAACUCUCCUGGGCGUCAAAUAGACUCAAGAAGAACAAAAUCGAAGCCGGAUUUGCCAGCGACGCCGAUAGAAUUCGCAUAGCCGAGGAUCUACGGCCGGAAACGGAGGAAAUCCUGGAAUGGGGCUCCGUUUGCGCGCAAGUGUCCGCUUUUGCCUCAACGAGCGCGGGCCGUGCCGUCUGCCAGAGCGGGAGUUUGCCAGUCGGUCGAGAUCGAGAGGAAAGCGAGACGCUUUUGGACCAGACGGCGGCGGCUACGCUACUUCCGCGAAAGUUAGACUUCUCUGGGAUUGAUGAUGUUUCGGAGAUUGUCAGGUCGGCAGUUGGUGGAGAGAUCCUUGGUAUCAGGCAGUUAUGUGCCAUUGAAGGCAGCCUGCGGUCAGCCAAAAGGGUAUUUGAGCAGUUGGGGCAAGUAUCAGCUGAUGUUGAGUCUUCUGGAAGGUACUCUGCUCUUCUAGAGAUACUGCAAGAUUGUGAUUUUCUAGAAGAAUUGACAAACCGAAUAGGAUUUUGUAUCGACUGUAAACUUUCUGUGGUUUUGGAUCGAGCUAGCACGAAACUGGAAUUUAUCAGGUUUGAGAGAAGGCAUAACAUGGAGAAGCUGGAGUCACUUUUAAAAGAAGUGUCUAUCAAGGUUUUUCAGUCUGGCGGCAUUGACAGUCCUCUAGUUACAAAGCGACGAUCUAGAAUGUGUGUUGGUAUCAAGGCUUCACACAAGUCUCUGCUUCCUGAAGGUAUUGUUCUGAGUUCCAGCAGCUCUGGAGCAACAUACUUUAUUGAACCUAGAGAUGCAAUUGAGCUUAACAACAUGGAAGUUAGACUUUUCAAUGAAGAGAAAUCAGAGGAACUGGCUAUUCUUUGUUUACUAACUUCUGAAAUAGCUGAUGCAGAAAAAAAAAUUGGUAAUCUAAUGGAGAAAAUUCUAGAAUUGGAUCUUGCUGUUGCUAGAGGUGCACAUGCCUUGUGGUUAGGUGGUGUUCGUCCAUUCUUUAGUCAGGGAUUUGAAAAGUCCAAAGCAGUCAUAGCAAGGGAUUCAUUGGCAGUCGAUAUAAAAAAUAUUCAGCAUCCUCUGCUUCUUGAACCUUCCCUUAGAUCUUUGUAUUCUUCUUCAGAAAGAGAUGGAAGUUCUAAAAUGUUUGGUAGGAUGAAUAAUUCAAUGGACCCUAAAGAAUUUCUUGAAUUUGAAACUCCUGUCCCUGUGGACUUUAGGAUAAAAAGUUCUACUAGAAUGGUUGUGAUAUCUGGACCUAAUACUGGAGGUAAAACUGCAAGUAUGAAAACCUUGGGAUUGGCAUCUCUAAUGGCAAAAGCAGGUUUUUUUUUGUCAGCUAAGGAUAGGCCAAAACUGCCAUGGUUUGACCAGAUUCUUGCUGAUAUCGGUGAUCAUCAGUCCUUGGAGCAUAAUUUGUCUACUUUCAGCGGGCAUAUAUCGCGUAUCUGCAAAAUAAUAGAGAUUGCUUCAAAAAAUUCACUUGUACUGAUUGAUGAGAUUGGAAGUGGUACUGAUCCAUCAGAAGGUGUUGCUCUCUCAACAAGCAUACUCCUUCACCUCGCCAAUAAUGUAAACUUAGCUGUUGUUACUACCCAUUAUGCUGACUUAAGUCACCUGAAAUCUGGUGAUUCUCGAUUUGAGAAUGCUGCCAUGGAGUUUUGCUUAGAGACUUUGCAACCUACCUUCCAUAUUCUGUGGGGGAGUAUUGGUAAUUCAAAUGCUUUGAGUAUUGCUAAAUCUAUUGGCUUUGAUGAAAAGGUCUUAAAUCGUGCCAAAGAAUGGGUUAAGAAAUUAGAGCCUGAUAAAGAAAAGGAAAGACAAGGUUCACUCUACCAGUCUUUAUCGGAAGAAAGAGAGCUCUUAGCGAUUCAGGCCAAUGAAGCUGAAUUUGUUCUUGAAGAAGUAAAGAAGCUGUAUUUGGAGAUACAAUCGGAGGCUGAAGAUAUUGAUAAGCGAGUGGCCACUUUAAAGGCAAGGGAAGCUCAAUUGGCACAACAGGAACUAAAAAAUGUUAAGUUGCAAAUGGAUUCCAUAAUCAAGGACUUCGAGAAUCAUCUUCAAACUGCAAGUCUUGAUCAGUUUAGUUCACUUCUCCGAGAAUCAGAAGCAGCUAUUGCCUCUGUUGUUUUAGCACACCAUCCUGAAGAGGAUUCAAUAUAUGAGAGUGCAAAGAAUAAUAGUUAUCUACCACAGAUUGGAGAUCAAGUAUAUGUUAAAGGGUUAGGAGGAAAGUUAGCCACUGUGGUUGAAGCACCAGUAGCAGAUGGCAUUACUACCGUCCAGUAUGGAAAAGUGAAGGUACGUGUUAAGAGGAAUGAUAUGAAAUUGGUUGAAAGCGGACUGAUUCGGGUGAACAAUUCUGGUGUGGAACAAAGAGUACAGACAAGGAAUAGAGCAGCUGCAAUGCAGACAACCAAGAAUGAGGAGGCUUCUUUCGGACCGGCUGUGAAGAUGUCAAAGAACACUGUGGACCUACGCGGCAUGCGAGUAGAGGAGGCUUCACUUCGUCUUCAGAUGGCCAUCUCAACAUGCAGACCGUACCAGGUUCUCUUCAUCGUCCAUGGAAUGGGAACUGGAGCUGUGAAGGAGUGUGCUCUUCAGAUACUUAAGAAUCAUCCUCGAGUAGCAAAGUACGAAGAAGAAAGCUCAGUGAACUAUGGAUGUACAAUUGCUUAUAUCAAAUAACACUUGUAUAUUUAUUCCACUGCUAUUCAGUAUGUGUAAAGGAUAAAAAGGAAAGGGAAGAUUGAAAUGGAGUUUCAAAAUGGACUUUGUAU